UGUACACAAUAAUAGAAAUAAAUAGUGAAACAAUUUGAUUUACAAUGGAAUUUACAGAAAGUAUGGACUUGGAAAAUGAACGAGUAUUAAAAUUAAUAUUCCCAAAUGGAAUCCCAGAUAAUCUGCGUGGCAAUCCGGAGCUGGAUAAAUAUUUGGCCAAAUUGGGCACCUGCAAGGUGGAACAACUGAAGAAGGAGCAAACGCGGCUGGCCGACGAGACGAAGCGCAUAUUGGAGCAAACCCAAGAGCUGGCCAUAUCCAAUUACAAAACAUUCAUCACAACAGCCGAGAACUCUCGUUCAAUAUUCAAUGAAUUUAAAAAGGCCGAGGAUCAGGUGGAUACCCUGAUUGGCAAAUUGCCUGCCUUCAGCGCCAAGUGUGAGGAAUUUCUGGCCGAAUCUGCUGAACUGACCGAGCAGCGGCGUCUCAACAGCAUAACACUGCACAAAAAUGCUCAACUGCUGGAGAUACUCGAGCUGCCGCAGCUAAUGGAACGUUGCAUACGCGAAGGUCGCUAUGAAGAGGCGCUAGAGCUGGCUAGCUACGUCCAGCGUUUGGGCCAGCAUCAAGGUCAUCUUAUACCCGUUGUCAAUAGUAUUGUGCGCUCAGUCGAGGCUUUGUGGCAUACGAUGCUGGCGCAGCUAGUGGCACAGCUGCGCCUGGAUCUGCAGCUACCCAAAUGCUUGCAAAUUGUGGGGUAUUUGCGACGCAUGCAGGCGUUUGGCGACAAUGAGUUGAAAUUGAAGUUUUUGCAGGCGCGCGACGCUUGGUUGACAUCGUGUUUGGAGGCUAUACCAAAAGCAGACGCUCAGCAUCACUUGACAAAGACCAUCGAAAUAACGCGCAUCAAUCUGUUCAACAUUAUAACGCAAUAUCGCGCAAUUUUUCCGGAGGCGGAGCACGGCAACAAGUCGACCCCAUUGAAGCAGCUGCAGGGAGUCACCUGCGAUGGCAACAGACUCUUUGAGGCCUGGCUGCAUAAUAAGAUAAAUACAUUCCUGCUAACACUUGAGGAGGAUCUGGAACGUGGCGUCAGCUCGAUUGAAACAGUUCUGGGGCAAUGCAUGUAUUUCGGGCUGUCCUUCAGUCGUGUGGGUGCAGAUUUUCGAGCACUGAUUGCGCCCAUUUUCGUGCGCGUGGUGCGCAACAAGUUCGAGUCGAGCAUUAUGCAAGUGAAUGAGAACUUUGAGAAGGAGCUGGACAAGUUCACGCUGAUCAACAAAGUGAGCCUGCACACGCGCAAGCAACUCGAUACGUCUGCCUUGUCUGGCAGCGAACGAGAUGUGGAAUCGUAUGCGCCGCCCGAGACAUUGCUCGACUUUUAUCCACUUGCGGUGCUGUGCAACGGGUAUCUGAAUGCCCUCAAUGAGCUGCGCCUGUGUGCGCCCUUUGCCGUUGCCACCGAUGUCACCUGUUGCCUGCAGAGCUCGCUGCAAAUGGUGGCGCAACGCGUGCUCGCCUUCUACCGCCAGGAGCAGCAGGCCUUUACGCCCAACGAGCGCGAGACGUUUGCCAAACUCUGCUCCUGCUUCGCCUACGACCUGGUGCCCUAUGUGCAGCGCUGCAUCCACGGUGUCUUCCCACCCCAGUCCAUAACGGUGCACCUUGGCAUAAGCCUGCUGCAGCUGGAGCAGCAGCAGCUGACGUUCUUGCUGCAGCCUCAGAUACUGGAACCCCUGAAGCACCUGCUGCCCAGCAAAGUUCUAAUUCAUCCCACUGCUGCAUUGGCUACUACAGAGCCUACGCCAAUUGCUACAGAGGGCUAAACCAUGCCCAAAU